AUGGCGCAGAGUUUGGGGAAAAGAGAGCGAAGAAAGAGCUUGGGUUCGUUUGGCCCGCUGUCGACGACCUCGAAUCCCGGUCCGAUUCCGCUAGACCGUUCAACUAUUCACGAGACGAAUGUGCUGAGGAAAAAGCAGCGGCGCAAUUCCGGGUUCUUUGGGGGCCGGAACCCCAGCCCAGUGAGAGCGUCUACUGGAUACCGCGAUCCGGGAACAGUAGCCCCAGUCCGGGUGGCCACUUCGCCGGCCCUCGAUGGCCCGCGGGCGCGCCGAAAGUCGCUUCAAAAGAGACGUAACUCAGUGUUCGGCUCUCUUCGGUCGCUCCAUUCGCUCGACGAUGACGAUCCGAACCGGCGUUCUCUUGACAGCGAGGAAGGGCAUGGGGUUGGGUCGAUUAUCCUUCAUCAUGGCGAAAUCCAGAUAACAGGCGGGGUAUGGAGGAAGAAGAGUCAGUAUCUUGUUUUAACAGAUACGCAUAUCGUCCGGUUCAAGAGCCUGAACAAAGCGCUGGAAACGUUCCCGUCAAUCCCCCCGUCAAUGGCCCGAUCAGGCAGCAACCGACAGUCAAUCGCCUCGAUCAGCUCCCUGCAGGAUCCGCAGCUUUCUGCCGUUGGUGAUGCUUCAGUUGGCAUUCCCCUGAACAGUAUUGUUGCCGUCUACAUGCUCGACGACGGGAAACCCUCAUCUUCGAUUGAGGUAGCUUAUAUGGACGAGCGGACACAGAAGACCACCUUUAUCCAGAUGCAAACACCGGAUAUCCAGGAGCUGAACCUUUGGAUGGUUGGAAUUCGAUCCGCGGCUGAAAUGAGUCGCAGUAACACCCCAAUGCCAUAUGACCCAAGGGCGUUAGACUGUGUGAUCAGGAUAUUAGAGCACGAGCGCGACUACGAUCCAGAGAUCUUUCGAAUGUUUCGGGUCAUUCAGAUGGCUUCUAGCAAGUCCCCGACGCGGGCGUCGGCGGACGAGCUCACCAAACUGUCACCAACUGGAUGCUAUCUUGCCCUUGGGAUGCACAAGCUACAUCUAGUUUCACUGCAAAAGGUAUCCAGCCGUGGAUCUACUGCGUCUUUAACUGACCUCGAUGCCGCAACGUCGUUUGGCCUCAUGAACCUGACCAGUUUAUCCAUGGAGUGGGGCGAUGAUAGCCUGCAUUUGACUUUUCGAGUUCCUCUUCAGAAGUCUUGCUCGAUUUUCGUAGCGUCAGUUCACUCGUUGGAGAUUGCCUACUGGAUCAGGCAACAGACCGAAUUUCUCCGUCCGCUGUGGCUUAAGCAACCGUACGAUUUCAUUGUGCCUCGCGAUCUGAAUAACGAAAACAAUUUUCCCCCAGUGUGUCUGGACGAAGACUAUGGCUGUUUCGACCGUACAUUGGUUGCCCACUGUGCCAGCUAUGGUAUCGACACCUCCAACAUUCGAUAUACUAUUGAUACUCAGUGCGAUGAUGCUCCUUGCUUCAGACUACUACGCCCAGCUUCACCACAGCGGAGCAAAUAUACAGCCUUGGAACUGAUCGCCCUCAUGCGAACAUUGAGGUAUAACGAGUCAUUUCGGUCAAUAUCUUUCAGCGGAGUCAGCUUGGAUGCGAUCCAAGACGUGCGAGACCUCAACGGAAUCGAUAAAGACGCGUUACUAACACGUGCAAAUGCCCAAAUCCACAUUCCUGGACAGGAGAACCUCUCAGUACUUUCGCAAGAAAUCCGAGCACUGAGUUUGAAAAGCAAAUGGCUUCGCCGGCUGGACUUCUCAUAUACUCUUAGCCGAACACCCAAGUCCGACAAUGACAGCCACGACCCAGGUUGUGGCAUUCCGGAAGCUAUCUUCCCUAUUUGUCGGCGAGAGCUCACAAAUGUUGACUGGAUAGUCUUGAACGGUAUCAAACUCGGGGACUCUGAUCUUGACUACCUUGUUGAUGCCGCGUCCCAGCGGAGUAGUCAUUUUCGAGCUCUCGAAGUGGGAAACUGCGGUCUGUCUGUUCAUGAUAUUGACUUGCUUCUUUCGACAACGGUUGCCCAAGUAUCGACACUUGAAGCUAUCAAUAUCUCUGGUAUACAAGGACGUAUAAAGCCAGAUAUGCUACAACAAUACCUGGGCUAUUUUGGUCAGGUCAAGAAGCUUGAUUUGUCACGCAUCGCGAGAACAUCGGGUCCCGAGCCUCUCAUUCCGGCUCAAGUCCUGUUCAACUGGCGGCUCGAAGAGCUCUCUAUGAACCAAACACCAGCCAAUAGGGAGACAGUUGAUGCUAUUGCCACCUACCUCGCAAGCGAUCGGUCCGAAUGUCUGCGGGUUAUCCGACUCGAUCAGUGCGGCCUCUCCGGGCAGGAUGUAGCUAUUUUCUUGCACUCACUGGCGGCUUUGCAGCACAGCCGCGACCUCCACCUCCAUGUGAAUGACAACCGGCUGGAUCUUGGCUGCUCGUACCUUUGUGAUGCAAUUGCUCAAGAUAAAACGCCAACUCAUUUAUCGAUGAGGAUGAUCGAUUUCAAGAAGGAGCAACAGUUUCAAGACCUGGUUGAAGCGUUGCGCAAGAACCGCACUCUAAAAUACCUUGAUAUCUCGAAAGCAUCUCUUCCUUACGACGCUGGACCGGAGACAUCCAAGUCGCUCCAAUUGAUGUUCGAAGAGAAUGAUACUUUGGAGGACCUGGAUAUCAGCGGGGAUAAUGCGCAUCUGGAUGUAGCGCGGUUCGGAAUUGGCCUCAAUCUAGCUCUAACUGGUCUGAAGAAAAACAGCUCCCUGAAAGUCUUGAGGAUCGAACACCAAAAACUUGGGCUACAAGGCGCUAAUACUCUGGCUUCUGUCCUGGAAAGCAAUACCAGUCUACUUGAGGUCUAUUGUGAAAACAAUGAUAUCAAUCUGCAAUCGUUCACAGUACUUGUGAAUGGUCUUCAGAAUAAUCGAUCUUUGUUAAGCUUGUCUUGUAUGGAUUGCGAUAGAGCCCGGUCACUUGACAAGGUUCGCCGGGAAAUCGCCAAUGUCAAACGGGACUUGACGCACUCUCAGCCUUCGACAAGUUCUCUACGCCGGUCAUUACAUGCUGCGAUCAACGCCAAGCAUAUGUCAGUCAACAGUAAACUGGCCAAGCACUCACGUUCCUAUGGUCAUAUCCGUGCUACUGCAAGCUCGCUUUCGGCUGUUGAGAGCUCCAAACCACCCAUGGAUGAUCAGGUCGAGGCUAUCAUGCAGUCUUUGAGUGCAAAAUGGGACGCAGAAGUCUCUCGUCUGCGUCGAUAUCUAUUUAGGAAUUUCAAUCUGGCUAAUGGUCUCAGCAAGGACGGCACCGACUUCGUCGGCGACGACGCCGAGAGCGAUGGACGACCUGCAACCGCUGCAAGUCUUGGGACUAUGCUAGAACAGCUCAAGCUCGAUGUGGCGCUAUCUACAAAUGACACACAGGAACAAAGAUCUCAAAUGCCGCCACAGUCUGCCCCGCAAAUCAGUGUCGCAGACUCAAGUCCGCACCUGGAAAUAUUCCAAAGCCUUGAUGUAGAAAAUGGCCUGGACGAUGAACUCCAGAAAUCGCCGUACCUAUCAUCAAAUCCAGAGAUCGCUUCACAGCCCUUUCCAGACUACGGAGCUUCGAAUUCUCGUUCUGCACUUCCGGUUCCUACGAUGCCAUCCGCUGUGAGCAAAACCAGCAGUGUCCGCAGUACCCGGAGUUCAAGCACUGUCUCCACAAGCACUGGAACAGGCGCAAGCGCAAGGAGCACUUAUGGGGCAGCCUCCUCUACGCUGAGAGGCUUGCUAUCUUCGAGAGAGCGAAAGAAAAUGGAGGCCAUGAAAGGCACAGUAUGCGUUGGAGACAGACCACCAACUUUAGAUUGGUCACCACCGCGUUUUGACCUUGGAGAGCUCCGUUAACUCAUUCACAAGUCCUGAGACACCUCGCUCUGAAUGUGGUUCUUGCAAUUGACCAACGAGCCAAUUGAUUGACCCAAAUAUCAUUGCUGCUACUCACCACUCGGAACUACUCCUCGUUAUACCAAUUAAAGCUUUGUUUACGCCACCACUCGCUUGGAUUCCUUCGUCCGCUAUUAACAUAAGCAGAUGCUUGGAAUUCUGCCCCUUGCGCUCGAUACCCUCACUGAUCUCGUUUAUUCUGUGCACAGCGUUGUUCUGCGCUCCCUUGCCUUGACGCUUCCGACCUCAUCCUUCUGUCUUCAAUCUACCCUUGAGACUAA